AUGGACUCGGGCGAAGAAUCCGAAUACGGCCACCUCGACGCCACUGGCGAUCGCGAGGUGGUCUACUGCCAUGCCUGCGGCCAUGAGUGGUAUCGGGAUAGACAUGGCCUGAUCUGCCCCAGACCCGAGUGCGAGAGCGAAGCCACCGAGAUUAUCACACCUGGCAAUGAUCCCCGCGACCUGACAGGUCAUGAUCCGGGCUUUGGCCAUGAUCAUCCUCAUCACGUCCAUGAUAGUGACUCGGAUCCCGACGAAGACGACAUUGAGGAGCACCUGAUGGGCGGCCCCGGCGGGUUCUACGGGCGGCGAAUGGUUUUCCGAAAUCCAGAGGGCCCGGCUGACGGCAAUCGUUUACGGGCAAAUCCUGGCGAGGCCGACGAAAUCAUCAGCAGAUUCACCGAGUUGCUAGGAGAUAUUGGAGGCCAGCGCGUUGUUGGGCGGUCGGGUCCAGACCAACUCUUUUCCCGAAGCGAAAAUGCCGGACCACAGCGUGUUAGUUUCACGCGUUUCUCCGGCCCUGGAUUUGGCGGUCAAGUAACUACCUUCUACGGCACUGGCAGCGAUGGCUCCGUUCGGACAACUAUCAGAAGCGGCAACCAGAUCGGUGGCGGUGACAACUUCCAAUCUAUUUUUGGCGAUCUUCUCGGUCAGAUGGGUCCGCCUCCGGUGGGUCGAGGCGGCCUUCACGGCCAUGCCGGUGAAGCUGGACCUAGCGACCAGGGUGCACCACCCAAUGCUCCACUGGGAAUGCUUCUCCAGCAACUGUUUGCUCAGAUGUUAGGUCCCGGGGCUGUUCAUGGCGACGCUGUCUACUCGCAAGAAGGGCUGGAUCGAAUCAUCUCGCAACUCAUGGAGCAGAACCCCUCGUCGAACGCCCCGCCGCCUGCAUCGGAGGAAACCAUAGCCAAGCUGCCACGAAAGAAACUUGAUGAGCAGAUGCUCGGCCCGGAGCUGAAGGGCGAAUGUACCAUCUGCAUUGACGAGAUGAAGCUGGGCGACGAAGCCGUGGUGCUGCCAUGUAAGCACUGGUUUCACGAUGAGUGUGUUGUCCUAUGGCUUAAAGAACACAACACUUGCCCCAUCUGCCGAGCGCCCAUCGAGGGCGACGCAGCUGGCCACCUGGGUGCCACGCCAGCAACUCCUCAGCCCGCUCCCCCUCCGAUCCCUUCAUCGUCCAGACCUAGCGAGUCGGAAAUACGGCGGUCGAACCUGCGCCAGCGUGGCUCAGAACGUCUGGCAAGCAUUCGCGACGAAGCAGCGACUUCGUCAUCGUCAAGUUGGCGAAACCCAUCCCGCCGAAACUCGGAUUCGCCCCCUCAGGUACAAGCAAACCCGUCGCGAAGAGAUAGGAGCUCGUCGCCCUCGGGACGUCGAUCACAACACAGCGACAGGAGUCGCGAUGGCGGCGGCGGCGGCGGACUGUUCAGCCGGAUCAGGGAUUCGUUUUCUUCUAGAGACAGAAGACAUCCCUGA